AUGGAGAACUCAACGCAAGUCAAGUUAUUUUACCUAUUUGGCUUACAAGAGACAUUUAACAACAAAUCAUUAUAUUUUAUCUUGUCUCUUAUCACAUACCUUCUCAUCAUCACUGUGAAUCUGACUCUGAUCAUAACAAUCAUUCAGGAGAAAGGCCUCCAUGAGCCCAUGUAUAUCUUUCUGUGUAGUCUAUGUGUCAAUGGAUUGUACGGAACCGCUGGUUUCUACCCCAAGUUCUUACUGGACCUUCAGUCAGAUGUUCAGGUGAUAUCUUAUGGUGGAUGUUUGAUUCAAGCCUAUGUAAUAUACACAUCUGUCAUGUGUGAAAUGUCUAUUCUAACAGUGAUGUCUUAUGACAGGUAUGUGGCAAUAUGCAGACCAUUACUAUAUCAUACCAUUGUGACAUCUUUAACUGUUAGAAAGUUACUCUUAUUUUCUUGGUGUGAUCCUUUGUUUAUAGCACUCAUAACACUUCGUUUAACAGUCAGAAUUCCUUUGUGUGGAUCUCGCAUUGAUAAAAUCUUCUGUGACAAUCCUUCUAUACUGAAGCAUUCAUGUUUACCCAUUACCAUCAAUCGGAUUUGGAGCCUUUUUACAAUAGUGGUUCAAGUUUUACAGGUACUUUUCAUUGCCUUUUCUUACUGUUAGAUUGUAAGGACUUGUGUAAAUUCAGCUGAGGGAAAGAUUAAGUUCACAAAGACAUGUGUGCCACAUUUAUUGACAAUUGUUAUUUUCAUCAUAGUGACCCUGUUUGACAAUUUGCAAGGGUGGAAUAGUAAUGUUAAUAUUACUCUAAAUAUGCGUAAUGCAAUGGCUGUACAAUUCCUUGUUAUACCCCCUAUCUUAAACCCUGUCAUAUAUGGACUUAACCUCCUGCAAAUUUGA